AAGGGCAACAAGCUUACUAUGCACAGUUGGUUGCACCGAUAUGAGGCCUCACGGACUAGAAAUAUAAUCUUGCAGCCUCUCUGUAACGUGUUUUGUACCGCGAUGCAGUAAGCUACAGCCAUCGUAAAGAAAUAUAGUAUAUAACACCAAGUAUAGCAUGUCGCAAGCCAUUGGUGCACGUAACGAUUUGAGCAGCGGCGCGGCGCGGUAGCGGGAAAAGCCAGCCCGAUGCAGGGCUGGCCGCGUGAGCGGCGGCAUGCUACUGCUGCAUCGCUGGGUGCGGCGGGCGGGACGGGCGCGCCAGCGGCGGUCCACCCGGACAUGCUGCGCCGCCUCCGCCGGGUGCUGCUGCUGCACCCCGGCGGCCUGGCCCCCAGCGCCCUGCCCGCGGCCUGGUACGACGCGUACGGCGCACCGCUGCUGCCCGAGCUGGCCGGCCCCUUCACCUCCCUGGAGCAGCUGCUGGCAGCCUGCCCCUCAGCCGCUGCAGUAGGCACGCCGGGGCGGCCGCGGGUCGCACGGUCUCAGCAGCAGGGGCAGCAGCCGCUCCUGGUGACGGCGGUGGUGACGGCGGCGGCGGUGGAGGAGGUGGCGGACAUGGUGUGGACGGAGCUGGCGCAUAGGGCCGCGGCUGCAGCGGCCGCCGCGGCGGGAAUCCCGGGCGGUGGCGGGACAGGCAGCGCCGCCGCCGCGCACGUGUCCUACGAGGCCGUGUGUGCGGGCGUGCGCUACUGGCUGGGCGGGCAGGGUGUGGAGGAGCUGCGGCCGCCGCUGGAGCCGCCGCCCAGCCUCCAGCGACUGAGGCAGCUGGACCGCCGGGUGGGGGCGACCAUGGAGGCCUACUGCGCGGCCAGGUGUGUGGUGACCCUGUGGGAGCUGGAGCGGCACGUGUGUGCGUCCGAGGGCGUGGAGGCCUUUGGAGAGCUGCGCCUGGGGCCGCUCACAGCGCACCCCGUGGUGCGGAGGACGUUCUUCGCGUCCCUGCCGCCGGCACAGGAGGAGAUGUGGCGGCGGCAGCAACAGCAGCAGCAGCAGCAGCAGUGGUGGCCGGCAGGCGGGAACUACGGGGGCGAUGCGGGUGCGGCUGCAUUGCCACCGCCGCCAGGCGCCGAUCCCUGCCCUGUGACGGCCGCUGACGUGGCGGCGGCGGUGCGGCGGCUGGUGGUGUCGCGCUGGGCGGCGGCGGCGGAGCUUCGGGCGGCGGCGGCGGCGGGCGUGGCCAGCUGGGCCGGGGCGGAGCUGUGCUGGGAUGUGUUGACGGAGGUGGCAGCGGUGGCGGAGGCGCAACACCAGCACCAGCAGCACCAGCACCAGCAGUACCAGCAGCAACAGUACCGGCAGCAGCACCAGGAGUGCCCACUGCCCUGGCGGCUGGGUGUGCUCGUGAACGACCUGCUGCUGUAUGUGGAGGUGGCGGCGGCGGCGGUGGGGGCGGAGCAGCAGGCGGCGGCAGGCGGCGGCGUGGCGGCGGGCGGCGGCACUGCAAUGCUGCUGGGCGGAGAGGGCGGCAGCGAUGGGGCAGCAGCUGCAGCACUGGCAGUAGCAGUGGCUGGCACGCAGCUACAGCAGGGUCAGGGCGGGCCGGCGGGGGAGGAGCGCCAGCUGAGCCGCAAGCAGCGCAAGGCGCUGGCCCGGGCGCAGCAGCACCAACAGGCGCAGCAGAAGGGGCAGGGGGCGGCUGUAGCAGCAGGUGCUGCCGCCGCUGUUCCCUCACCCCCGCCGCCCCAGCUGCCCCCGCCGCCCCAGUCCCGGCACUACGACUUCCUGUCGCCGCAGCAGCAGGCCGCACUCAGCCGCCGCCAGCUCAAGGACCUGUUCCUCCCCGGCGGCGGUCCGGCGGCACAGCGCUCCGCAGCCGAGCGGCAGCAGGCGGCGGCGGCGGCGCGGCAGCGGGGCGCGCUGGCGCUGGAGGCGCUGCGGGCCGGGCGCCAGGCGGCGGAGGCGGAGGCGGAGGAGGCGGAGGAGGAGUCAGCAGCUGGCAGUAGCAGCGGCGAGGACGAGGGUGCUGCAGGCGCCAGCAGUGAGAACGAGUCCUCAGACGGCGACAGCAGCAGUAGCAGCUCCAGCGGCUCUUCCAGCGGUAGCAGCGACAGCAGCGGCAGUAGCAGCAGCAGCUUAGGUGAUGGCGCGCAGGGGAAGCAGCGGCAGCGCGGUGCAGGCCGAAUGAGGCGGCGGAAGGGCAGCGGGGCGGCGGCGGCGGCGGCGGGCGGGAGGCGACGGGAGGCGGCGGCGGGCGGCCGUGAUGCGGCGGAGGAUUGGGGCCUUCCUGCGGGGCUGGCGACGCUGUCUGAGCGCGGCGGCAUGGAGGCGGGCGGGCGCGUUCGUGCGGCGCUGGCGGAGGCCCACGGGCUGCCACCUGACUUCAGUGAGGAGCAGCUGCAGGCCUGCUUCAACCGCACUCUGCGCCAGGCGCUGGGCGGCGGCCGUGUGCAGCCGCGGCCCGCGCCCGGCUUCUACGGGGCGGUGGUGGGACUGCUGCUGGACGGGUUCGCGGCCCCGGUCCUACAGGCGCAGGCCGAGGCCGCACGAGCAGCCGCCGCCGCCGCGCUGGCAGCUGCAAACACCGGUGACGGCGGCGGCGGCGGCAAGAACAGUGGCAACAAGGCCUCCGCCAAGCUGGCAGCCCAGCUGGCCCGCUACUCGCCCGCUGCGGUUCGCCGGCGGCUGUCGGGUCUGGGCCGCGCCGCCGCCCGCAACGCGCUGCUGCUGGCGCUGGUGCGGGCGGCGCACGCGGCCAUGCGCGGGCAGCUGGCGGUCAGCGGGGCGCAGGCGGCGGCGCUGAGGGCACAGGCGCAGGGGCAGGCGCAGGGGCAGGAGCAGGAGGAGAAUGCGGCGGCAGGUGGUGGUGGAGGUGGAGGUAGAGGCGGCGGCGGUGGCCGGUCUGUUUCCGGCAGUAGCAGCAGUAGCAGCAGUGACUCGGAGGGCGCGGACGAGCCGUAUGUACGGGGGCCGGCGCAGCGGGCGGCACUGCGGGCGGCGGCGGUCGGGGCGAGGGCGCCCAAGGCCGCGGCGGGCCGCGGCGGCGGCGGCCGCGGCGGCGGGGCCAGGCGGGCCGCGGGCGCGGGUGUGGGCCCCGCGGAGGAGGAGGCGGAGGCGGAGGAGGGCAUCACGACGGCCGCUGUGCGCGGCGUGGUGCGCUCGCUGGGGGCUGUGGAGGCGGCGCUGACGGCGGCGCGGCCGCCCGCCGGCUGGAGUGCGGCGGCGCUGUCCCGACUGCGUGCAGGCCUGUUCGGAGGCGGCGGAGGCGGCGGCGGGGAGCUGGAGGAGGCGCCGGACGCGGCUGUCAAGCGGGGUGCACACUUCCCCAUACAGAAGCUGCAGGCACUGGCCACAUUCGUGGACUUCCUACUGCAGCGGGGGCCGCGGCCCGCAGCGGCAGCGGCGACGGCGGCGGCGGCAGCGGCGGCGGCACGGCACCAGCAGCAGCCGCAGCCCACUGGGGAGGCCGCGGCCGCACCGCCCUCCGAACCCGCCCCUGCUACCGCCACCGCCACCGCCACCCCAGCUGCGGUUGUGCAGCUCCCGGCCCCGCCUCCUUCGGGCCCCUCAGCCGCCACGCUGGAGGCCCUGCGGUCCGCGGUGCUGCAGCUACGCGGCGGCUACUCCCUGUCAGCCCUAGCGGCACUGGAGCAGCAGGUGGCGGCGCGGCUGGCGGCGCAGCUUCUGCCGCCGCCGCUGGUACCGCCGCACAACAACACUCACACGGCUGCGGCGGCUGCGGGUGUGUACUGCGCCCUGGGUCUGGGCGGCUCGUUGCUGAGUGCGCUGGAGGUGGCGGGGGAGCCGGAGCUGGCGGCGGCGCUGGCGGGCGACGCGGAGGGGCCGGCGGCGGCGCCGCUGCACGUGGUGCUGGGGCUGGUGGCGGAGGUGAUGAGGAGCUGGCGGCUGGCGGCGGCGGCAGCUGGGUCGGCGGCGGGGCCGGGGCCAGACAGCGCUGGCGGCGGCGGCGGCGACGGCAGUGGUAGCCGCGAGAGUGGUGGCGGCGGGCCGGGUGUUGUGGCGGCGGUGAGUGCGGCGCUGUGCCGGCACUUUGGUGUGGCGGCGGUGGAGUGUCUGGGCCACGGCCCGGCGGCGCGGCUGGUGGCGCUGGCGGCGGCCAGCCACACGGCGCCGCCGCCGGGCUGGCACAGCGCCGUGGCACUGGCACUGGCGCCGCCGGCAGCGCAGCUGCUGCUGGCUGCUGACGGCGGCGGUGACAACACCAACAGCAACGGCACUAUCAGCGGUACAAGAGGCACUGGCGGCGGCGACGCUCGUGUGGGCGCGCUGGGUGUGGUGGGCCGGGCGGCGGCGCUGGCGGCUCUGCGUGCGGCUCCUGCGCUGUGCGACCUGCGGCUGGCCACCUGCUGGGGCGCGGUGUUUGAGCCGCAGCUGGGGCCGCUGGAGGCCUUCCUGCGGGAGGAGGCGGCGGCGGCGGGCGUGGCGGUGAUGGAGCUGCCGCAGCCGCCCGUGGGUGGGCCCCUGUUGGAGCUGGCGGCGGGCGGGCGGCUGGUCAAACUGCCGCCGCCGCCGCCCGCCGCCGGGCCCGCAGCGCACGUGGUGGCUCGGGCGGUGGCGCGCGACGGGCGCGGGCUGGCGGCGGCGCUGCUGGCGCUGGUGGCGGGCUGCGGCGGGCUGGCGGGCUGCCCCUGCGGCGGCGUGGCGGCGGCGCUGGGCGGCGCACUGGCGGAUGUGGCGGCGCAGGCGGCCGGCAGGUCCGAGCUGGCCGGCGAGGUGGGCCCGCUGGUGGUAGCUGCACCCCUGGGGCGGCACCCGGCAGGAGCUGGUGGAGGUGGAGGUGGAGGUGGAGCUGGCGGAGGAGGUGGAGGUGGAGGUGGAGGUGGUGGUGUGGACAGCCCCGGUGCCGCUGCCGCCUGCCGGCUGGUCCUGUCCGCGCUGCCGCACCUGCCGCUGCCGCUGCUGGCGCCGCUGGCGGAGGCGGUGCUGCUGCCGGCACUGGCCGCGGCACUGAGCGGCGCAGUCGCGGGGCAAGGGGGAGCCGCGGGCGGGCAGGCCGCUGGUAUGGCCGCUGGCGGCGGCGGCGGCGGCGCGGGUGUGGGGUAUGGUGCCGGCAGUGCGGCUCUGCAUGCGGCCCUCCUGCGGCAGGCGGCCGCUCUGGCUGUGUCUUCUCCUGCUGGCGGCGGCGGCGGUGGCGCCCAGUGCGUGCUGAGCUGUCUGCACCACCUGGGCUUCAGCCUGGGGGUGACGGCCUGGCGGGAGGACUGGAGCAGCAGGCACAGCGCGGAGGAGGAGGAGGAGGGGGAGGGCGAGGAGGAGGAGGCAGGGGCUGCAGGGGGGGUUCAGCGGGUGCAAGGAUCAGUGGCGGCAGCUGCCGCCACUGCUGCCACGGCCGCCUCCACUGCCGCCACCAGUGUAGGGGCAGCGCAGCCGGCGUUAGUCGGUGUCACACCCGGCUGCACACCGCCGGCAGUGCCAACCACAGAGCAGGGCCAGGGCGGCCGCCCGGACGCAGUGGCCGCGCCCGCGCCUGUACCAGGCGCCACCGCGGCAGCCGCGGCCCCACCCGCUGCCCCUGCCCCUGCCCCUGGCCCUGGUAGCCCUGCCACAGCGGCAGCGGCACCGGCGCCUGAGGCGGUUGUGGCUUCAGUGCCGCCGCCGCCGCCCGAGUCCGAGUGUCGGGCGCUGGUGGAGGCCAUACGCCGCGAGGAGUUUGGGCUGGGGCUGGCGCUGGGCGGCGAGGCGGGCGAGCUGAGUGGGCGGCUGGCGGCGCGCACGGGCCGGGCGCUGCAGCGGCUGGCGGCGGAGCUGUACGGCAGUGACAGCCACUUUGUCAUGGAGCUGGUGCAGAACGCUGACGACAACGCCUACCCGGCCGGUGUGACGCCCUGCCUGGAGUUCGUGCUGGGCCGCGGCCACAUCACCGCCGCCAACAACGAGCUGGGCUUCAGCGCCGCGCACCUGAGGGCGCUGUGCGACGUGGGCGCCAGCACCAAGGCGGUGGGGGGCGGGGCGGGCGGCGGCGGCGGCGGCGGCGGCGGUGGCUACAUCGGCCAGAAGGGCAUCGGCUUCAAAUCCGUGUUCCGAGUCAGCGCCGCGCCGCAGGUCCACUCGCGCAACUUCCACGUGGGUUUCGACCUGCGCCGCCACGGCUGCCUCGGCUACUGCCUGCCCGACUGGUGCCCCCUGCCGCCGCCUGCUACUGCCGCUGCCGCUGCCGCUGCUACUGCCGCCUCGGAGGAGGGCUGUGCGGCGGUGGCGGCCCUGCGGCGCAUGGGCUGCCCCCUGCCGCCCCCGCCGCCGCCGUCACCUCCACCGCCCAGUGACGGCUCCGGGCCCGGGUCCGGCUCCGCCCCCAGCACUUGCCCCUUCCCGGUGUACGGCACUGCCAUUGUACUGCCGCUGAGGCCGGACAUGGACCCAGCGGCGGCAGGAGGUGGAGGUGGAGGCGGAGGAGGGGAGAUGGCAGCCGCGGGUGAUGCCGGCGGCCUGGGCGGCGGCGAGCGGGGCGAGGUGCUGCGGCGGCGGUUUGCGGACCUGUCGCCCACCCUGCUGCUGUUCCUGCAGCGGCUGAGGCGCCUGGUGGUGCGGGACGAGACCUGGGGGCAGCCGCAGCAGCAGCAGCUGGGCGGGGCGGGCGGGGCGGGUGCAGUCGGUCCCGCUGGCGAAGUCGGUCCGUCAGGAUCGGGGUCGGGGCCGUGUGUGGCCCGUGUGUUGGAGAUGGAGCGGCGGGCGGUGGCGGGCUCGCCGCACCUGCUGCAGCUGGUGGUGCGCACUGCAGUGCUGAGGCGGCAGCUGGCGGCAGUGGCAGUGGCAGAGCCGGCGGCAGGGGCAGCAGCCACGGUAGCGGCGGGCGGGGCGUUGACGGGUCCGGGCCUUGUUCAGGAGGAGGCGGCUGUGGACGUGGCCGGUGCCUCCACUGCCAUCAGCACGUGGGCGGUGGUGACGUCGGCAUUGCAGCCGCAGACGUCGCGGGCGGGGGUGGUGGUCGCCCAGACCCGUGUGUCGCUGGCCUUCUGCCUGGGACCCCCUGUGGCGGCGGAGGAGUCGGCGGCAGUACGGUCAGGUGGGCCGCCGCCGCCGCCGCUGGCGGCUCCGCACUGGCGCGAGGGCGGGCGGCCGCCGCAGCAGCCCGUGUUUGCGUUCCUGCCGCUGCGCGGGUACGGCCUGAGGUUCGUGGUGCAGGCCGACUGGGUGCUGCCCUCCAGUCGCGAGGCGCUGGACGCGGACAGCCCCUGGAACCAGGAGCUCCGGCAGCAGCUGCCGGGGCUGUUCCUCAGGGCUCUGGACGUCUUCAGGUCACUGCCGCCGCCCGCGACCUCCACCUCAACGGCCUCCUCCACCUCAACGGCCUCCUCCACCCCCACCGCCGCCUCCUGUCUGUUCUGGACGGACCAGUGGCUGCGCUGUGUGCCGCUGGAGGGCGAGGCGCAGGGCUUCUUCGCGGGGCUGCCGCACAGUAUCGCCGCCCUGCUGCGGGCCGCCCCCUGCAUCCCGGUGGCGGGCGGCGGCUGGGCCACACCCGGCGAGACGGCGGUGGUGGCAGGCGGGGAGGUAGGCAGCACCCACCUGCAGCCCCACCGGCCGCAUGCGGCGUCUGAGCUGAUGGCACUGCUGGCGGCGGCCGUGGACCCCGCAGCGGCAGCCCCUGGCUCGCCGGUGGGCGGGGGCCAACAGAUAAAGCCGCCGCCGCCGCGGCCACAUGCCAGCCAGCACCCCCCACACCCCCAGCACCCCCAGCAACGCCUCCAGCAGUCGGGUGUGUUGUCGGUGCUGGGGCUCAAGCUGGUGGCGCCGGAGGCAAGGUGCCUGUACGCCAGCCGGCCUCUGCGGGCGCUGCUGGGGGUCCGCGACCUGGGCCCCACACACCUGCUGGAGGCGGUCAAGACGCUGGUCCGCGGCGGCGCCCUGGCUGGAGGCCGUGUGUCGCUGGCCUGGCUAGCCCGGGCGCUGGCCCUGCUCCACACCGCCACAGCUACCGCCACCCCCGCACCAGGUGGCGGCGGCGGCCACGACUGGGCCCACGGCCCCGGCCCCGGCCAGCCGCACCUGACCCGCACGGCCCUGCUGCGGGAGCUGCGUGGACUGCACCUGCUGCCGCUGCAGGGCGGGGGCUGGGCCGCAGCGGAAGAGCUGUGCGGCGGGCCGGCAGCGGCAGCGGUAGCGGUAGAGGUGCAGGCAGAGGUGUCUGCUGCUGGCGGGACCCAGCCACAAGAGGUGGUGGAGGAGGAGGAGGAGCGGCUGGCUCUGGUUCGUCAGCUGGCGGCGGAAUUGGGCGAUGGCGCCGGUGGCGGCAGCGGUGGCGGGGCGGCGGCGGGGUGCGGUGUGUUCUUCCCGCUGCCGCCCGCAGCCGCCAGCACUGCCGCCCGGGGCAGGUCGGGAACGGAUGCCGCCGGUGCGGGUGCGGGUGCGGGUGCGCGUGGCGGCGGUGUCGUGGGGCUGCAGGCGGAGGCGCACGGCAGUCCCGCGACCGCUGCCGAGUGUGUGCGGCUGCUGCAGCGCUGCGGACUGCCCACCGACAUGCCGCAGCUGCUGGAGCUGUUCGGAGGAGCAGGCGGACGAGGCGGCAGCGCAGUUACUGCCGCCGUAGCCGCACCUCGGCCGCAGCCGCCGCUCCUACGUGUGCUGGACGUGCGGCUGCUGGAGGCGGCGGAGGCGGCGGAGGAGGCGGAGGGGGUGGAGCCAGACCUGGAGGUGCCGGUAGCGGGUGACGAUGCCGCCGCCGCCGCCGCCUCCGCCCGGCAGGUGCUGGCGGGUCAGCAGCGCCGUGCGGUGCUCAUGAGCUGCCUGCAGGACCUGGGCGUGCGCCACCUGGCCCCACGUGACCUGGUGCUGCGCUUGGCUGCACCCGCCCUCAUCACCGCGCCGGCACCGGGGCAGCACGGCGCCGGCCUCAGUGGACAUGGCCCCCACAAUACACACACGCGCGCCGGACAGGAGCAGGAGCAGGAGGAGGGCGGGCAGGCGCACCGGCAGCGGAAGGGCAGCAAGCGGGACAAGAGGGACGGGAAGCGGAAACAGCCGCAUGACGGGGCGGUGGGGGGUGGGGGCGGCGGCACGGAGGCAGCCACCCCGCCAGCCCGCCUGCUCACAGCCUGCCUCGCGCUGCCGCUUCUGGCAGGGCUGCUACAGCCCGACGGCAGUAGCAGCAGUAGCAGCAGCACUGGGCCGCCUGGCAACCUGGGAAAUCGGCUGCUGCAGCUGCUGCGGCGGCGCUGCCUGGUGCUGACAGCUGCUGGAGGCGCCCGCCUGCUGCGUGGGGGCGAGCUGCGGCCGCCGCCGCCGCCGCCUGCCCACAGCGCCCCGACGACACAGCCGGACCCUGCGCAGUCAGGCGGCCGGCACAAGCGAGGUCGUAAAGAGAACCCCGAGGCAGGGGUAACAGAAGCGGCGGCGACCGACGGUGCUACUAGUCCUGCUGCUCCUCUGCCGCCACGUCAACAGCAGCUGUACCUGCCCGCCGCCUACCUGGCGGCGGCUGGCGGCGGCGGCGGUCCGGCAGUGGGCCUGGACGACGUCCUCGCACUGCUGCCGCGCGGCGGAGCAGCGGCUGGCAGCAGCGGCAUCCACUGCACCAUGACAACUGCGGGGUCCGGCGAGCAGUGGCCGCUGGUGUCGGGUGACUACCUGCGGCUGUGCCCAGAGCUGCUGCCGCAGUGGCGCUGGCUGUUCGGGCAGCUGGGCGCCGCCGCCCUGCCGCGGCCGCAGCCGGUGGUGACCGCGGUGCGCACCCGCCAGCAGCUGCAGCAGGCCCUGCAGCAUGCGGCGGCGGCGGCGGCGGCGGCUCCCGGAGGGGGGCUGCAGAUCAGCCCAGAGGCCCUUGCCGCGGUGCCGCUGCCCUGCCGGCUGCGGGACUGGGUGUGUCCGCCGCUGGAGCGCCUGGUGGCGCUGGCGGCUGCAGCAGGGGGAGCGGGGGGAGCAGGGGGUGGCGGUGCUGGGACAGGCGGCGGACAGGCGGAUGUGGCUGUGCAGGCGUGCAGCAGGUUGUUGUCCCUGAUGGCCGCGCACUGGGAGGCGGCGGGUCUGGGCGGUGCCAUGCGGCUGCAGCUGCUCCCGGCGGAGGUCCCCACCAACGGACCUACCACCCCCACCGCUACCACCCCCACCACCAGCUCCUCGGUGCAGCCGCCCCAGCCGCACCAGGGCCUCAGCAGCCUUGCCCUGGGCCCCAGCCGCCUGGGUGCGGCGCUGCAGCUCACCGCAUGGCUACCCUGCACGGCCACCGCGGCGGAGCAGCAGGCCGCGGCCGAGCAGCAGCAGCAGCAGAAGGCGGCAGGCGGGGGGCUCAGGGGACAGCGGCAGCAGGCGCCGCUGCAGGCCGGGGGCUUUGUGGUGCUGCGGCGGCCGGUGGACGCCUUUGCGCCGCUGCCGCCGCUGCGCCGUGUGCUAGGCGACCUGGUGCCGUACGUGGCAGCUGGAGGGGCGCAGACCGGGCAGCCAGGCACUGGGCAGGAGCUGGUGACGGGCGACGGAGCAGCGGCCGCUAACGCCGUGGCCACGCGCCUGCUUCAGCAGCUGGGCGUGUGCUGUGAGCUGAGUGGCCGGCGGCUGCUGGCGCUGCUGCGGCAGUGGUCCGCCGGUGGCGGCGGCGGCUGUGGCUUCACGAGCUCCCUGGGUGCCAUGUGCGGCGUGUACGGCGCCCUGGAGGCAGCACUGCGCCGCGCCGAGCAGCAGCAGGCGGAGGCGGAGGCUGGAGUGGAGGCGGCUGGAGUGGAGGUGGCUGGAGGGCCGAGUCAACGCGGCAAUGAGGAAGGCUUGCACAGUGCGACCGCUACAACAGCAGCAGCGGCACCAGACCUUGCGGGAGCGGGAUCAGACCUGACGCAGGCUGAGCUGGUCGCGGCAUUUAGCUCUGAGCCGCUCAUAUGGCUGCCGACAGCGGCGCCCCACCAGGCUCCGGCAGGUGUUCCCGCACCGUCCAGUGGCGCGGCGGCCGCCGAUGUCGGUGGUGUCGCCGAUGAGGGGCUGGGCAGCACACGGCAGCUGCCGGGCCGCUUCUACUGCGCCGGCGAGGUGGUGUGGUGCGACCCCGCGGGUGUGGUGGAGCCGCUGGCGACAGCGGCGGCGGCGGCGGUGGCAGGCGGGGCGACUGCUGCGGCGCUGCUGCCGCUGCUGCGAGUGCUGCCGCCCCACUACACGCAUGACGGCGGUGACACACGCCCGGUCGUGGACGCCCGGUGGCUGCAGUCGUUUGCGCCACACCGCCAGCGCCCGCUGCAGGGCGGCAUGGCCGGCGCCCUGUUCGCACGUCUGGCGGCUGCGGCGGCGACCACCUGUAGUUCCGGUGCAGCACCAGUGGACUCAGUGGCUGAGGAGCAACCCCACUCCCAGCAACAGCAGCAGCAACGGCUCCAGCCCAAUGGCGGGCGCCUGACUCGCUCCGCGGCCCCCGCGGCUGGCGCCGCUGCCGCUGCCGCUGCCAGGGUCAAGUCAGAGCCGCACGAUGAUAACGUCAUUGACCUGGACAUCACCUCAGAUGAUGACGGCAGUAGCAGCAGCAGCAGCAGCAGCAGCAGCAGCAGCAGCAGCAAGAAUGAAGAGCCGGUUGGCACGGAGGUGCAGCAGGCGCAGCACGCCGGCGCGCAGGCAGCAGGCGGUGCUGCCAGGGGUGUGAUCUCCCUCGAGCCCUCGCCCCGCCAGUACACGGACUGCCUACGGGCGUGUGCGGCCCUGGCCUUACAGCAGCCGCGGCCCAGGGCCCCCACCACGACCGCUGCAGCCGCCACCAGGAAUAUGGGUGCGGCAGUGGCGGCUGCUCCGGAGGCGCCGGUGCGGUGGGCGCUGCGCAUCUGGUCGCACUGGGCGCGCCAGCACCUGUCCGGCGCGGCGGGGCUGGGCCCUGGCGGCUCUGAGCUGGCGGCGUUGCGGAGGGCGCUGUGGACCGAGCCGCUGCUGCCCUGUGCGUCGGGAUGCUGGCGCAGCCUGGCGGGAGACGCCGCAGCGCCGCCGCAGCGGCAGACGGGGCCGCCCGCGAAGACUGUGGCGCCGCAGCAGGUGUGGGUCCUGAUCAAUGACGACCCACUGGCGGCGGAGGCGCUGCAGGUGGCGGCGACAGCAGCAGCGGCGGCGGCGGCAUCAGCAUCGGCAGCAUCGAGAGGCGGCAGACGCGGUGCUGGGCCGCAGUCACCGCCGCCGCAGCUGGACUUCCUGGUCCUGCCCGGGACUGGCCACGCCGGAGAAGAGGGGGACAGUGAUGGGGUGGCAGGCGGUGACGGUGGCGGUGGCGGCGGCGGUCAGGCGGCAGGUGACGGCGGCGGGCGGUCUGAUUUGCAGCUGCAGCUGGUGCCGCCCGCCGCGGAGGCCCUGGCGGAGGCCCUGGGUGCGGCCCGCCUGUCGGACUGUGUGUCGUACAGGGUGCACUUGGCUCCUGCCGCCGCGCCGCAGCCGGGGACCCAGGUGGAGGCGGCGGUGCGGACUGCGGUGGCGGCGGCAGAGGCGGUGCUGGCGGCGCGACUGGCGCCACCACAGCCGGCGGCCUCGCCCGCAGUUGAUCAGUUCCUGCAGCUGCAAGCCUCGUUUGCCAAGGUUCUGCCGGACUUCAAGGUGCUUCCGGUGUCGGACUUCGCCGCCAGUCUGGUGUUCAGCCCCCCGCCGCCAGCCGCCGCCAGCGGUGCGCCGCCGGGGCUCCAGCACGGCGCGGGCGGCAGCACUGGCGGCGCCUCCGUUGGGCUGUUGCCGGGCAUGGAGGUGCGUGUGGCGCCGCCGCCCUCCUGCCUGCUGGUGGGCGCGCAGCUGUAUGUGCGGCUGGCGGGCGGCGGCGCCUCCGACUUCGCCGGCCUCACCGACCAGAUGUGCAGGCUGUUCCUGGGCGGGCGGCCCUGGCCCGGCCUGUCCUCGGGCCUCCUGCCGGUGCUGAUGGCGGCGGCGGCGGGUGGCGAGGAUGCAGUGCGGCAGCUGCUGAGGCGCCAGGGCGUGCCGCCGCUGCCGGCACUGGAACUGGGCGCUGGUCCGCAGCGGCAGGGUGCAAGCCGUGGUCACCUGUGGCGCCUGCCGCCGCCGCUGCCAAUGCCGCCACCACCAUCACCACCACCAGUCGCGCUCCACUGUGAGGAUGCGGCUGCAGGUGGUGGUGCUGGCAACGCCAAGUCCGAGUCCAAGAAGCGCCGGCGUGACGCCGCGGCGGCAGUGGAUGCCCUGGAGGGGCUGGCGGCAGGUGGCGCAGCGGCGGCUUGUGGUGGAGCCGCGGGCCAGGUGGGGCAGCAGGACGGUGGCGCGGUUGGCGCUGCUCCUAAUACCGCGGAAGCGGCAGCGGGACCGGCUCAGCGGCGGCGGCUGGAUGGCAGCGCAGCUGCAACUUUGAUCAAGGGAGAGGGAGCUUGCAGCGAUAGCAGUAGCAGUAGCAGCAGCGACGAGAGCAGCGGCGACAGUGAAACUAAGCGUGCUGAACAUGAACAGAGUGUAGUGAAGUCAAAGCAUUCGAGUGGCAGCGAGGAGGAGGGCAGAUCGAGCAGCGGUAGCGAGGAAACAUCAAACAGCAGCAGCAGCAGUGACGCCAGCAGCGAUGUUGAUGAAGAGGACGAUGAUGGCAACAAGGCGGGUGCCGAUGCACGCAACCUGGAGGCGGGAGCAGCAGCAGGCGCAGCGGCCGCGCAGGUAUCCAGCAGAGGCCCUCAGGCGCCGCUGCCGCCUCCGCCGCCGCAGCCCCUUGGAUCUGGCCCGCUCUUACCUGCGGCGGCGGUGGCGGGUGCGGUGCAGCAGUACCCGCACCGCCAGGAGCGGUCGGCGGCAGAGCGGAUGCGCUCCGCGUCGGACUGGUGGGCGCGUAAGGAGCAGCGCGAGGAGGCGCGGCGGGCGCGGCUGGCGCGGGCGGGCAUCACCGGGGAGACGGAGGAGGACCGCAGGAUGCAGUCUAUCGGGCGCUGGGGCGAGGAGCUGGUGUUCCGCACGCUGGUGGCUGAGGCGGAGGAGCGCAACAGGCGCCGGGCGGCGGCGCAGAGGCAGCUGAUGGCAGGCGGCGGCGGCAGCCAUGGCGGCCCCGGGGCCUGGCAGCAGCCCGCCACGGGGGCGCAGGCGGGUGGCGGGGCUGCCGGCGGCGGCGGCGGCUUCGAGCGUGUGGUGUGGGUGAACCGGCAGUCCGAGAGCCACCUGCCCUACGACCUGUACAUCACACACGCGGACGAGAGUGUGACGUACGUGGAGGUGAAGAGCAGCGCGGCGGCCGCCAAGGACCUGUUUGAGAUCUCUGUGCCGGAGCUGCAGUUCGCAGCCGCGCAGGGCGAGAGGUACCUGCUGGUGCGUGUGCGCGGUGCGGGCGGCCCCGCGCCCACCCUGGAGCGACUGACUGACCCUGUGGCGCUGCUGCGGCAGCACCGCCUCAGCCUGUGCCUGGCGGUGUGAGCGAGGAAUGAGUAGCUGUCGUGCCGUGCUGUGCGUUAUGCAGGCGGUAGGGGC